AUGGUCAUGGUAUUCAGCCCCUACCGCAAAGCAGUCCUCUUCAUCUACAUCUUCCUAGUAAUCAUGCUGCUCUACUACAUCCCCGCCGUCAUCGUCAAGAUCCGCAUCUGCAACCCGAUUGCGAAAUUCUGGGACGACACAACACACGGCACCUGCCUCGACCAGUCGGCAAUUAUCCUCGCCGACGCAGUCGUCAGCGUCGCCAGCGACUUGAUCAUCCUCAUCCUCCCGCUCCCGCUGACUCUGAGUCUCCAAAUGUCCAUGCGGAAGAAGCUGCGCGUGAUGGGCAUUCUCGGCGCCGGAGGCCUCGCCUGCGCAUCCAGCGUAGUCCGUCUCAUCCUCAUUCUCAAAACCGGCCAGUCCAAGGACGGGACUUAUUCGUUUAUGCGGAUCAAUAUGUUUGGAAACGCCGAAAUCGCCAUUGGCGUCAUCUGCGCCUGCCUCCCAGCCCUCUCUGCUCUGCUCAGCCGUGUCCUCCACGAAUACUCCAGCAACAAAGCAACGCAUACCUCCACGCAUGAACUCAGCAAAGUGACGAAGCAGAGCCGGCCGGACAGGAGACUCAGCCGCAGCAAACACCAGAUGAGUUACUUGGAUACCGCGUCCGAUCAGGAAAUUCUCAUGCACAAUGCGCAGGGGGACCCUAAGAUCGAGACGUCGAUUCGGGGGGAUACGUCGUCGCGUCGGAUCGUGCCGUCGGAGGCCAUGGGGAUCAUGAAGACGGUGGAUGUGUCGACGUCGGUGACGACGCACUAA